GGUCACAGAAGGUCGAGGUGGCAUCUUUUGCGAUUCACUUUAAUAUUUGCCGCGUCUGCUGCACUUCUUCCCCUUCCCUCCCCGUGUCUCUUCCUCUUUUCGACCUCAACCUCAACCGAACUUCAAUUGCUGUUGGCUCAACCGAAGAGCAACAGCACUCACUGUCUCCAUUGCACCACCUCCAACGACCAGCUCGACAUCCUGAUCGCCAAGAGGACACUUCCGAGUCCAUUUCCCACACACAACACCAGCCUCUUGGACCAAGAUGGCGAGGUUCUCGAGGAGCCAGAGCGGCCCUUCGCGGUCGACAGUGUCGCCGUGGAUGACCGCUUUCUACAUCUGCGCCAUUUUGUUGGCGCCAAUGCUCUUUAUGGGCAUGAUCCCAUCCGCACACGCUCAAGAUGCUGAGAAGGCUGACACGAGCGUUACUGGACCUGUCAUCGGUAUCGAUCUUGGAACCACCUACUCUUGUGUUGGUAUCAUGAAGGGCGGCAAUGUGGAGAUUCUCGUCAACGACCAAGGAAACCGAAUAACGCCAUCAUGGGUGGCAUGGAACGACGACGAGCGUCUUGUCGGAGAUGCCGCAAAGAACCAGUUCGCCUCGAACCCACACCGAACCGUCUUCGAUAUCAAGCGUCUCAUUGGUCGCAAGUACGAGGAGAAGGAUGUACAGAAGGAUAUCAAGCACUUCCCAUACAAGGUCGUCAACAAGGGUGGUCAGCCACGUGUCAAGGUCGAUGUGAAGGGCGAGGAGAAGACUUUCACGCCCGAGGAAAUUUCCUCCAUGAUCCUCGGAAAGAUGAAGGAAGUCGCUGAAUCGUACUUGGGCGAGACUGUUACCAACGCAGUGGUCACUGUGCCAGCUUACUUCAACGACGCUCAGCGUGCCGCAACCAAGGAUGCGGGCACCAUCGCUGGUCUCAACGUUCUGCGUGUGGUCAACGAGCCAACUGCCGCCGCCCUCGCCUACGGUCUUGACAAGACCGACAAGGAGCGCCAGAUCAUCGUCUACGAUCUUGGUGGAGGUACCUUCGAUGUUUCCAUCUUGACUGUCGACCAGGGCGUGUUCGAGGUGCAGGCAACUGCCGGUGAUACCCAUCUUGGAGGCGAGGAUUUCGAUCAGCGUAUCGUCGACUACUUCACGAAGAGCUACAACAAGAAGCACAGCACCGAUAUCACGAAGAACGCAAAGACCAUGGGUAAGCUCAAGCGUGAGGUUGAGAAGGCCAAGCGCUCGCUGUCCAGCCAGAUGAGCACCAAGAUUGAAAUCGAGGCGUUCCACGAGGGUAACGAUUUCUCCGAGACUCUCACCCGGGCCAAGUUCGAGGAGCUGAACAACGACUUGUUCAAGAAGACCCUGAAGCCUGUGGAGCAGGUUCUCAAGGAUGCCAAGCUCAAGAAGAGCGAUAUUGAUGAUAUCGUGCUUGUUGGUGGUUCCACCCGUAUUCCAAAGGUCCAGGCCAUGCUCGAGGAGUUCUUUGGCAAGAAGGCCAGCAAGGGUAUCAACCCCGAUGAGGCUGUUGCUUUCGGUGCUGCCGUUCAGGGUGGUGUUCUCUCUGGUGAAGCCGCCGCUAGCGAAGUCGUGCUCAUGGAUGUCAACCCGCUCACUCUUGGUAUCGAGACUACUGGCGGUGUCAUGACCCACCUGAUCAAGCGUGGAACCACCAUCCCGACCAAGAAGAGCCAGAUCUUCUCGACCGCUGCCGAUAACCAGCCUACCGUCCUUAUUCAAGUGUUCGAAGGAGAGCGUUCUAUGACAAAGGACAACAACCAGCUCGGAAAGUUCGAGCUGUCUGGAAUCCCACCUGCGCCUCGUGGCCAGCCUCAGAUUGAGGUGACUUUCGAGCUUGAUGCCAACGGAAUUCUUCGUGUGUCUGCUGGCGACAAGGGCAGUGGAAAGUCCGAGUCUAUCACCAUCACCAACGAUAAGGGCCGUCUCAGCGCUGAAGAAAUCGAGCGCAUGGUCGAGGAGGCUGAGAAGUAUGCUGAGGAGGACAAGGCAACUCGUGCUCGUAUUGAAGCUCGCAACGGCCUGGAGAACUACGCAUUCAGCCUGAAGAACCAGGUCAACGACGAGGAUGGUCUUGGUGGCAAGAUCGACGAGGACGACAAGGAAGCCCUUCUCGAGGCUGUCAAGGAGGCCACCGACUGGCUGGAGGAGAACGCUCAAACGGCAGAGGCUGAGGACUUUGAUGAGCAGAAGCAGAAGCUGUCUGACGUUGCGUACCCGAUCACAUCGAAACUGUACGGAGGCGGCGGUGCCGGAGGCAUGCCAGACUAUGGCGAGGAUGAUGAGCCAAGCGGGCACGACGAGCUCUAAACGCGUAGCGCGAGUCCGGUGUCCCUUGUUGAUACAGUAGCUGGGCCCGAGACGCGUGGGAUGUAUGCUAUAUAGAAUCAUGGCAUGAAAUGUUGAAACGUUCCUCACGA